AGGCGCGCGCACGGGGAGGCCUGCGGCAAGCAGCGGAGACGCGGCGCGGCGGGCGAGGGGUCCUUCGCCACUCGCCGUACACCAUACGUUCGGCGGCGCCCUCGCGACUCGCUAGUCAUUACCUAGCCACGGAGCGCUAGUGCUGUUUCGCGGCCGAUCCGAUACGACUGCAUUGCUAUCCUUACACACACAUAGCUAUUUCCUUCGUACACCGUCGCAGCCGCUCAUAUUUACAAACUGUUAAAACAUCUCAACGGCGUUCAUUCUAUUUCGCCAAGGCCGGUACCGAACUUGACCUGUGAUUGUUUGUUAGAACUGUCAGUGCGCGUGUUGUGCUUUAUCGAUAACCUGUAUGACUUCAAGGGCAGAGGCGACUUAUCAAGUUGUGCUUUGGAUGCGGUGUUACAGAAGAGUCCGACUUGAUCCUAGCUUUGUUGCUCUUCUAAAAUAUCCCCUGGUGUUUUGAGAAACGCGUGUUUUCAAAGAUAUUUGGAAUGAUCCAAAAUAAAAGCCUUGUCUACCUACAACCGGACCAGUCGUCCAGGGCGUGGGCGUGAGAUGGCACGCGCGGGCAUGCUGCACAGGGGAGGAAAAAAUGGAGCUGACGGGUGCGACGACGUGCAACGUUCCUUGGAACUCCUGGACCAGGUGUUAAGCGAAUACGACGAAGGGGAACCAAGGUCGUUGGAGGCGCGUGCGCCACCCACGCCGGCCACGCCGGCCACUCCUGCCACGCCCGCCACUGACGACGACUCGCCGCUCGCCGGACACACCUCCGAGGACGAUGGAUACAUGAGCAUGAACGGCAGAAGAGCGAAGUUCGCACUGGGCUUUCGACCGACGGAAGAGCGCGAGGAGGGCUCGCCACCAGAUCCGCCAUCGCCGCACUCACCGCCACCGCCCGAAGAAGCGGAGAGAAUCAUUUCUACCUUAUUGCCUAAAGUAUCGCCCGCAAAUUCUGCAAAACGCACCAAUUCCGUCGAAAAAUGUGGCGCCGAAGAAAAACUGGACUCUAUCAUUAGCGUCAAUGGGAUCACAACUGCGACGCAAACUACAUUUCCGAAGACUAGACAUCAACGUCCAUACGGGUGGGAAAAAGAUAAUAUUGAAACGCAUGGUUUCCAAUUACAACAACCACCGGUGCCUCCGUUCAAAUUUUCUUCACUGCAGCACGGCGCGCGACCACCUUAUCCAGAGAGUAUCCCAAGUUGGCUCCCGCCGAGGCAUUCAGCUCUGCCUAUCACCAAUAAAAAAUCACCUAGUUACGAAAAUCCUCCAGUAUUCCCAUUCAUGGGCUUCUCUAGCGAAUUUAACGACAAGCCUUAUAAUGAACAUCCGGUGACAAUUUAUCCUGGACCUAACAUUCAGUAUAAUCGCCAGUCACAUUCUCCGACGUACAAAAUUUCUCCAUCCAAUAGUAAGAGCAUCGAUAAAAGAAACGUCAAAAGGGACAGCAGGUCGGAUGGGGAAAUGCUGUCGCCAAAGAGUAAAUUACCUCCGCGUACUCUCGCCAGUUCUAUGGAGAGACAUAGAGAAGUGUGUAGAGGAUCCUCGGAGGACGUGAUGGAUGGCUGCAAAUUGCGAGGUUCGAGCAGAGGCAACGAUGAAGAACAUUUUUCGGAUGACUCGCUAGAAGAGUCGUUCCCGCCACCGCCGCCCGCAGUCAGCACACCUUCGAAACGCAAUUCCAUUGCUUGGGAAGUGUCUCUCGAUGGUGACGAUCCCCUUCUCACACCAGGAAGUACAAAGGUUAUAGGGAGACGACGAAGGAAAUCCGGAGACCAAUCUCAUUCAAGCACCAGUUCCAUACCUCAACGUUUAGAUGACGACUGGGGUGAAGAAUAUUGGCCUCCACCUCCACCGAUAUCUCAAUGCGAACCUAUCGCGUCACCAAUUUCGGAUGCAGAACCCGAACUUCGUCGAACCCAAGAUCUUGCCUCAGGCACAUACGUCAUUAGAAAGGGCAAGAAUCGAAAACAAUUACCAGCCUUUAAUAAAAAUGCCAAUAAUAAGACACAAUCUAAUUCCAAUAACCUCAUACAGAGUCAUAGUUUAAACAGAAGCAUCGACAAAUCCAUAGAUGGCUCCAGCAUUUCAAUAAGUGGGUCAGGAUCUGUCGGUUCCUACAAUUCUAGGCCAAGUUCGGAUUUAAGUUUACCUCAAUCACGAUAUAGUGCUGACCUAAAUUCGCGAUUAAGUCGGGAACUUAACACUCCAAACUCUAGAUAUAGUAUUGACCUUUGUACUCCGAAUUAUAGAUUAAGUAAAGAAAUUACGUCACCUAAGUCAAGACUAAGUUUGGAUCUCAAUAAUGGUCAAGAUAGGUACAUAAAUCCAGAGUAUUACGCACAUAGUCCUAAAAGUAGACAAGUAAAUAGUGAUAAAAUUACUAUUGGAUCCAAGAAUAAUAGUGUUCAAAAUAAAUUGUCUCCGCAGGCUAGAUUUACAGAUUUUAAAAAAUAUUCUUCUACUUUUGAUAAUAUUCAGUCUCUAAUAAAAGAGGGUAAAGUUGAAGAGACUCCUCCAUCAGAAUGCAAUGAAACCGUUGGUGAACUUUCUACCGUGCCUCCAAAUAUGGUUCGUGUUAUAUCGCUUCCAAGUCUAGGAGCCGAAGGAGACAGCAAUAGUGCUAGUCGUCAAGCUCUCAUAACUACCGUCGAGGAAGAGGAAGACCAAGAAAGCGGGGAACCAGGAUCUAGCGGCGAGACUUCACCGCUUCGCAAAAUUGAAAAUAAUAUUAGCGCAAUACUGAGCCAAGGUCGGGACCAAAAACUUUUUACCCCAUACGUACCAAAAGACUGGAAUAUUCAUAAGGACGAGUACUGUGAUGAAAUAUCUAAAGAUAUAUUAGAAAAGCAUUUUCGUUAUAGCUCUAGGGAUAAACAAAAAAGACACGAUAUUCAAAAAUCAUCAAGCCACAAUGAAAUUCAGACUCAGAGAUCGAUAGAGAGGCGAGAGCGAUCGUCUAGUAGAAGAUCAAAUAGCAUGCAUAAGUCAACCAGUGCUAAAGACGUGCCAGUUGGUUUAAUGCGGCAACCGUCUUCUUCUGAUUCUGCAGUGUCAAGUGGAGGCGAUUUCCCUCUAAAUGUUCAAAUUGUAGAGCAUCCGUAUAGGCAUAAUCAGUUACCCCCAUCGCCAAAUAUGGGGCACGAAAUGGGACCCUUACCGCAAACGCCAGAAUCUCCAAAGUUCCCACCUUUGCCGCCCUCGCCUGUACAAGAAGUAGAAGAUGAGUACACAGAAAUCAUGCAACCCACAGACAGACGGCACGGCAAAAAAGCCGAUACUCUACCGACACCCACUUUAGAAUCUAGAAGAAGGCCGUCAGAACCGCCUGCAGUGCCCCCACAUCGCGAUACCACAAACAGCCUUAAAACGAGAUCAAUGGAGACCAGUUACAAUAAGAAUAGAAGAAAUAGUAAUUUCAAAAGUGGUUCAACAGACAGAAGAACUUUACCUACUGAUACUGGAGCUAGCGGUGCCAGACGAAGAACCCUACAGCGCCAGAGUCGGGAAACCUCGUCUAACGUGCGCGGUCAACUUCAGACAUCAGCUAGCCUGCCAGAAACACCGGUGUUCGCUCGUGGUUGUGAUGUACCACGAACGCCGCCGAGGAAUUCCACUGGACCGCCGAGAAACAAUACUGUUAACUCUAUGCAGACCAUUGGAAGUAGCGCAACAUUAGGAGGCUAUGGACGUGGUUCUGUGAUGGGUACCUCUGGAGUAUGUACUGGAGCGGAUCUGCUUCGCUUAGGCGGACCCCCACGCGGCUGGUACCCCAGACAACGACAUCGGCCGGCUUCAACGGAGCACCUGGACAGAAUAACAACAUCGUCAAAAAUAGCGUUGGACCACCCCGUGGCCUGGGAGAGUUCAGCGGCACGUAAACCACUGACGCUGCCUCCAAACUUGACGCCCAAAUUCUUCCAGAAGUCCCCAAGAGAAGCAUUACGAAGAGUAACGAGUCUAUUAAUACGAAAAGGAAACAAUGGGAAGGAGAAGGAAAAUUCCCGAAGCAAGGAGGCGACUUCACCAGCGGCCCGUUCUGCUAACGGCGAGGAGCAUCCAGGCCAGAAACAAAGAAAAGGUUUUUUUAGAAGUCUUUGGAAGAAAUCUCGCCAUUACUCUUUAGAACAUCCGUGACCAUGUCAAGAAACUGAUAGUCUGUUCUCGACUUUGAAAUCCCUACCGUGAAAACUUAGUCACGUUUUUUGUACUACAAUCGAUAUCCUUUCGACCUGAACAAUUUAUAAUUAAUGAUAAUGUUAAUGACUCAUAAAGAUUGCUAUAACAUUUGGUGAGUGUUAGGGAUAAUUGUUGUAUUAACAUGUGCGUGAAUGUGGCUUUGAAAUUAAAAAAAUAAUAUAAUCUUAGUUUGGCUUUGAAAAGAGACGUUUUAGUUUGAAGGGAUUGUAUCGGGGUAUUUUCUAACCAAUACCGUGGUUAGUUACAAUGCGUUAUUUACUUUAAGGCAUUGCAUCUAUUCUAGAAACACAACUAACUUUUCUUUGAUAUACAUAAAAUAGUCUGUAGAAAUGUAGAUAACCCACGUAGUAAGUUAUGUACAUCUGGUUUUUGAAUUUUCUUUUUUAAAUUAUUGUUAACCAAUAUUAGAAAAUAAUAAAGAUAAUUCCUUCAAAUCUGUAAUAAGUAAAGUUUACAAUAGACACCACAAUACUAUGUAAGGUUCUUAAUUUUUUUCUUUUUAUUAGAAUUAGAUAUGUAAAAUGAUCUUGUGUGGUAUAUAUUAAAGAACCAAAUCACUUAUAGACUACCAGUUUUAACAUUUUAUACCAACCCUUGUAUUCGAGUGUACUUAAUUCUUAUUAUUGUAGAUUUUGUCAAAGGAAAUAAAAUAUGUUCAUUAGCAAAGAGGUGUUUGAUUUAUUUAGGGAUGAAUUAAAAGGAAACGAAUUCAUUAUAAUACAAAUCAUUUUAUUAUUAGAUAGACACAGUUCCCAUCGCUUAUCAGAAACAAUGUACAAAGCUAUAGUAGUAAUAUCAAAUAUAAACAAUAUGCACCCUUCGAUUACUGUAAGCCUUGUUUUGAGGAUACAGGAUUAUAAUUGAGCGCUUCUAGUUUCUGCAGAUAAAGAGACAGUAUUGAACAGAAUGCAAAUGUUUAUUAUUCACUACACAAGUUCAUAAAGACAGCACAAUGAAAAGGGAAGCAUAGCGAAAGACGACGCGCGAGGGCGUCGCCCGCGCGCCGCGCGCGUCCGAACUUCUCACACGAUGGUUCCAGUGGGACUAGAGAUUUUCAAUUUAAAUUGUUACAUGCAUCUUGGGUUACAGUGUCUUUCAAUUCGUAACAAGCCCUUACACAAAUGCCUAUUUGUAAUUACAUAUAUAUCGUUACAGUAAUUUCAUUACGUGGUUAUUAAAAUUUCAUUUCAAGCGUCUGGUAUUACCGCUCGUUCGGAUUUCAUAAAUAAAUUCCAUAUUAAGUCGUACUCGUAACCACAGUGACUCCUUAAAAAGUAAGUUCCACGCGAGAUGUAAAGAUUAUCAUAAUCAGACUGCUUGAAAAGAAAUCCAAAAAAAUCUCUAUACACCAUGCUUUAGGACCUCCCCGCGAAGCCGUACAUUUAGCCUCGCCGUGCGUCGAGGUCGACAAAAGCAAAUUUUAAAAUACAAAUAAAACCAUCCUGCAGAAACAAUUACUCCAUGGAACAGGUGAGCGUAUAAAAAAUCCAAAAUCCGCAAAGUAAUCGCGCCUGCAGCCGGCGGCUAAGCGCAUCAGACACUGAUGGCGCCAUAAUUUAUCAAAUAUCAAAACAAAUGACGGUCCUUAUCACUUUUAUAGAAUAUACAAAAUGCAGUUACUUAUU